AUGGUUUGGCAGCACGGAUCGCUAUUGCUAUUGGUAUUAUAUGUAAUGAAUAUUCAUGGUACAUUGAGAUCAGAUGAUGAACCGAAAGGACCAAAAGUUACCGAUAAGGUUCUUUUAACGAUAAAAAUAGGAGAUGAAGAAGCAGGCACGAUAACAAUUGGCUUAUUUGGAAAGACAGUUCCGAAAACUGUAAAAAAUUUCAUUCAGUUAUCAAAGAAUGCAGAAGGAGAAGGAUAUACUGGCUCGAAAUUCCAUCGAAUUAUCAAAGACUUCAUGGUACAAGGUGGAGACUUCACUAAAGGUGAUGGUACCGGCAGUAAAUCUAUCUACGGUGAGAAAUUCGCCGAUGAAAAUUUCAAACUAAAGCAUUAUGGUGCAGGAUGGGUUAGUAUGGCAAAUGAUGGACCAGAUUCGAACGGUUCUCAGUUCUUCAUUACUUUAAAAAAAACACCUUGGCUCGAUGGCAGACACGUCGUUUUCGGCAAGGUCCUCGAUGGAAUGAAAGUGGUAAGGAAAAUGGAGAACACGAAAACAGUAAAGCCUGGUGACAGGCCCGUAAAGGAUGUUAUAAUCGUAAAGGCGGAACAUAUUAUUGUAGAUGCUCCAUUUCCGAUCCACAAGGCUGAUGCGGAAGAAUAA